UGUCUGUCUGUGUGUCUGUCUGUCUGUCUGUCUGUCUGUCUGUGUGUGUGUGUGUGGUGGAGAACUUGCGAGGAAUUUGACAGAAACCCAAAAAUGUUUAAAUAUGCUGUGCCGCUAUUAUAUUAUUUAAAUCUCAACAUACUGUCCAAAUAUUACGAGCAGCAUCUCCAGCUGGAAUGCGUUUUUUUUAAAAUAUAUAUAUAUCAACUAUUUUUCAUAUGUAUCACUCAGCAGUGUGUCCCUCCCUUCAUGUGCACCUCAGAAAGGUACAGCAAUUAUUUUGUUGACCGCAGUGAAAAUAUUUUUGAAAGAUUUAGAAGGGAGUGCUGGGUAUUUUGAUAGAUAUAAACAUGUUGUUGUGCAUUUUGGAAAAAAUGAUUACAUCUGGAGAAGUUAACAACACUCUGGAAAUAUUGGAAAUGCAGCCACCCUUGGAUUCAAAUUCUAAAAAUUGUUUAAUACUUGAAUUUUGCAACUAUUCAGAAAUGACAGAUAUGCAGAAUGUAAUUGUCAAUGCGAUGAACGAAUCUUCAAAGUGUGUAACUCUUUGGUCCAGCCCAUGCUGCAACUAGAACAUUCUAUAAUAUGCCAUCAUACACUCUGAAAAAGUCAUUUUCCAUCGACUCUAUGGUGAAACAGUAGUAAUAUAUUGCACAGGGACUACAGGCGACACUGUAGGAAGUCGACACAGAGAGAGUGAGAGAGAUAAUAGCUGAGCCAGUGACAGUCAGAUAGACGCAGUAAUUAAUUUCAGCUCUCUCCUCUCUCUCUCUCUCAACUCCCAUUCCCUGUAGACGGGCCCAUUGUUGUCCACUAAUACAGUUAUUAAUGGAGGCCACCACAGUCAAUCAAAAAAUUUGUUUUUAUAUCAAGCUCCCCACCUUCACAGAAUGUAUGUAUGUGUGUGUGUGAGAAAGAAAUGCUCUUUUAAUUUAAACACAUGUAUUUAAGAGCUGGAUAUGGCAGCGUCAGCCGUACUGCCAGUUUGUCUUUUAAUAAAUUGUGGCACUGCAACACUGUUUCAUUAACCAGCACGGUGUAGGUAUAUUUAUAUAUAGCUGGGAGUACAGUUACUUAUCUCUUGGAUUUGUAGCCCCCUCAAAACACAAGCCAUGAGUGAUUGUAAUACAACAGCAUAAGUCAAAAAUGUGUGUUUGCAUAAGAUAUCUAAGUAUAGUCCUGUAAUCGGUGUUGCAGAAAUGUGUUAUGAAAAUAGGCAUGUGUGGGGAUUGAAGAGGAGUGACCUUGUUUCACAGUAUCUUUUGGGAUAUAUCUGCUGAUGUAAUAAAGUUAUUCUGGCUGUUGUGAAUGCGCCACAGGCACAAUGCAAAUAAUACAUUGUAAAAUACCAUGCCUGGCCAAGAAACACAGAAAUCACUCCUAAAAGUAUAUUCCUUUUGCUGUCAGUAGUUCUUUUUGUGCCAGAUUGGUUUCUGAGAAAAAAACAAUCUGGCAGAUGAGAUUCAAGCAAGGAGGUAUCAUUUAAGUCACAGUAAAAACCCUGACGGAUUCAGUCUAAAUUGCUUUAAACCUAAUAAAACCCAGAGCACAAAGCAAAUGCUUAAAUCUUAAAUUGUUUCAAUAAGGUAUUGAACAGCCUAAUUGAGGUGAUAUAUCAAAUGUAAUUGCACCACUUGCAGUGCUGAAGGCUUUAAUAGUAAAAUGAUGUGUUACUGGCUAAUGAGGGUUUGAAUUCAUAUUAUUGAGAAUUAUUGAGUCUUUUUCAAAAGAGAGCAGUGUUUAGCCCUUAAGCCCGACAGAGGGAUUUGUUGUAUUUGUACUUGAUCUCCGACACAGAGAAAACAUUUGAGAAGGUUUCUUUUUCUUUUUUGGGGGAAUCUUUGAAAUUGUUCAAUGUGAAAUUGUGUGGGGGUGUAUAUGCAUGUGUGACUGUGUGCAUUUGUCUGUGAGUUCAUAAAGUGUAACAGCAUACCUGCGUGUGCACACUGACAUAAUUCUAACUCUUACGAUGUUUAUGCAUUUCCCUGCGUGUUUUUUGUCCUCGCAUGUCCGCAUGUGCACCUGUUGGCACCUGCGUGCAAUACUGGUCUGCUGGCCUGCGUCCCGUGUGUAUGUGUCCGUGUGUAUGUCUGUGUGUGGGUGUGUGUGUAUGUGUUCCAGGAGAGCCAAUGGCUGGACAGCGUAUCUCUCUUGAUCAAGGAUUCACUGGAGGGGGAGAUGCUGAUGAUCGACAACCUCUCCGGUUCUGUCUUCCACCAUUAUUCUUCUCCUCCACCCAUCUGCAGAGAUUGCAAGGGCCACCCACAAGAGCAGAUCAGGAUGGCAGAGAUUGAGCAGGCAUCCCUGAGGUCAGAGCAAAUGUCAGACAAGUCCUCGUCCCCCGCCCUGCCAGAUGACCUCAGCCUGGACGAACACACCUCCUAUCAGCUGCUGCCGCAAGAAUGCAAGGGAAGGUGCAGCAGUGACUCCCGUAGCUCUGAUGAGGCUGGAGGGGGGGGGAGUCAUGCAGGAGGCCCCCCCACCCAGACGGUGGUGCAGAGCCUGGGCCAGCCCUGCAGGCCCCUCAUCGCUGGGAUUGAUGUGGAGACUGCAAUACAGGAGAUGCAAACACAACGACCACACACAUGCACUCCUCACUGUAGCCCUGGUGGCGUUUCCAGAAGCAGCAACCAGGAAAGAAACGGAGAAGGUGGAGGAGGAGCGAGUGGCGUGUCUCCUCUCUUUCAUCUGCCUGCAGAGUUCUUCCACCCAGCAGUAGCAGCCUCCUGGGCCUCACUCCGCUCCCCAGGGGCCCACAGCAAGAUGCUCUGCACACAGUACCCAUCCCACAGUGACUCGUCCCUUGCUACAGGCAGCUCUGAGGGCAGCCUCCAGACCACCCUGGAAGAGGGCCUGAGCUUCAGCAUCUCCCCACCACAGAACUUGGAGUUGUCUUUGCCGACACCUCCCUUAACACUCGUGUGCCCCCUCCCGCUGCCUGAAGACAGCACCGCCAUCUCCUCCCCGGUCCAGACCCUGAGACCGCGGCCCACCCCCUCGUCGGCCCUCACCCUCCUGGCCACCAAGGGCCACCAGCGGAGCCAGAGCAGCGGCCGAGGGAGCACCAGCCCGGGCUACACCCGGGACGACUCCAUCGACCCUUCAGACGAGGACCUGGGCAUAGGUAUUGGGUCUUCCAUUGGGGGCUGUGGCUCCAGCCAAGCGGGCAACAGUGAACAUUUGUCAGAGACGCUGAGCAGCUUGUCUCUCACAUCCCUGCUGUCCCCCAGCUCCCUGGUGUACCCGGGCGUAGCAGUGAAGAAGUGCAACAGCACAGGCAGCCUGGACCAAGGGGGGAUGCUGCUGUCGUCCCGGGGCAGGGAGGGCCGCCGGGAGAUUCUGGGACUGGAGCUUAUUGACCCCCAAGGCUUUUUGGCCAACCCUUGGACGGGGGUAUUGGUGGAUACAAGAGGAGAAGGAAGAGGGGAAAUAGUAGAUGGUCAGCAAGGGUUCAAAGUGAAGAGCUCAAGCCAAACAACAGUAGGGCCUUGUCGGGAAAACAGAUGAAACCUACUGUUCACUCUCUCUUUGUCUCUCCAUUCCUUGGAUCUAAACCCAUAGCUGUCCCUCUCAAUCUCUCUGCUUCCAUCAGUGAGAGAGAGGCUUGAUGACACACGAUGUCCCGUAUUCCAAAACCAAACCCUCAUCUUGCCCCCUCAACCCCUUUCUAUACAUUUGUGACAAGCCCAAGUCCUAUUUUGUGCUACCUAGAGUACUGGUCUUGGUUAGGCGACGAAGGGGCCUGGCGAAGUAAAGGCCCAAGGGCUUAACUUGAAGGGCUGGACAUGGAAGGUUCUGCUCACAUUGGAAGACCAGGAGACCCAUUUGUAUCAGGGAGUCAGUAAAAGCAGAGACAAAAGAGCUUUAACUCAAAGACACGAGAGAGUCUUGUUGUUGCUCAACUGUAAUUUUAUUUUCCUGGUGUCAGCUGAGGUCGAAAAUGCAAAAAUAGAAGCACCCAAACUGAAAAUAGCUCUCCAUGCCAACACAGACUGUUUGGGAUUGUUUAUGUUUCAGAGGCAGUGCCGCAAGUAAGUGGGAGGAGGCUCGGAAGUGGCAGAAUAUUUGAAGGCGGAAGGAAGGCUGGCAAAGGAGAAGGCAGGUCAUUUGUUUGGCUGGGAACGCAGAAAGCGGAUCUAAUGUCCAUCUGUUCUGGCAGACGGAAACAACAGGUCCUACUCUCUCUGGACCUUCUGCUGAGUUCAGAGUAAAAAUGCAAGGUAGAGGAUAGUUCAAGAGUGAGUGCUCAUAGCGUGAGUGAGAGCACUGCCUCAGGUAUCCAAGGCAUGAAUUAGAUUACUCUCAACACUUCACCAUACCUCUGUAUUUUUGAAACAGGAGAUGGGCAUCGACUGAUCAAAGCUUUGUGCCUCUGUUAACUCAAGUGGCAGCGGAAAAUGAAAAUAAAUUGACAGAUUGCGGAGGUAUGACCGUGCAUGGAGCUAUUUGUGAAAUUGGUUAUUUUUUUCUCUCUAUCUCCAGCAUAUCACACUCACUCAAACAUGAAGAAAUGAGUCUGAAUGAGAGCCAGGUUGUGUCAGAAGAAACAAUAACGUGUGCAUGGGGCAGCCUUUUGACAAUAAAGUGAGUCUUGAAGCACACUCCUUUUUCACUUCCUCUCACCAUGCUUAAGGAUUUGAGACGAAUGGACAAACCCACAAGAGUUGCGAGGGACGUAGACUGCAUGAGGGAAUUGCAUUUAACCAAGAUUUUUACCUAUAUACAGAAGUGUAUCAAGAUGUCAGUGUUGGGUGAUAACCAUGUGAUUUCUAUUCCACUAUUUUUGUAGAAAAAGAGAAUAGGCAAGUGUUGCCGUUACUUAAUCCCUAUUUCAUUUAACCCAUACGAUCUCUUUAACUUGUCGUCUAGGACUUUUUGUCUGCCAGUGGCUUCCAGUUUUAUAACAUUUUUUUAAAGUGUGGACGGUGUAUAAAACAACGAAGCAAAAAAUGUCAAAUGAACUUUGUGCGCUGAAGAGAUUGUUCCCUCCAGCACAUUUCUCUUUGGGGACACUGGUUCCUCGUGGAUUUUUUUUUUUUUUUCAGACGUUGGAGUCCCAGGGGACAACCAGAGACGCGAACAGCCAUAUUCACUCAGCACAUGAGGAUCGUUCUAGCUCACAGACAUUUCCUUGCUGCACACAGGGAACUUUGUUUGCUUUUAGCCUCUUAUGCUAAAAAAAAAAAAAAAAAAAGAAACCUUGAAUAGCGGGAACCAUCUCUAAGAAAGCUUUAAUUUGAGAGUUACUCCACAACAUAUCAAUUAUGGACACAUUAGUGUUCUUUAAGCAUGGUUCUGGGAUUGCAAUACAGUAUGCUUUUUCUUGAAAUGACCCUGAUGCACUCAUCUUCUCUUCCCCAUCUCCUCACACAUACAGUAUGUUGUAGCAACCCUUACACACACCAUGUGUUUGUUAUCAAAAACUGACACUGUAAUAAUGAACAAAACAUUGCAUCUUUUAAUGCAAGCUUAUUUUGCUUCUCGCUCCAUCCCAAAAGGACAUGCUCAUAUUUUAGCCUGAUAUUUAGAGGUAGACUGUUGUAUCCCCAGUGUUUUGAUCAUUACCUUACUUUUUUACAUUUCUCAAAAAAGAAUUAGGUGAUGUGAGAAAAUCUGAGGGAUUGACCUUUUGUACCAUGCAAAAUCACUUUGAUGACUAUGUUUUAUCACAUGGUGUUAGGUAUUAAUGGGUGACAGUAAAGACAGUUGUGUGUGUGUGUGUGUGUGUGUGUGUGUGUGUGUGUGUGUGUGUGUGUGUGUGUGUGUGUGUGUGUGUGUGUGUGUGUGUGUGUGUGUGUGUUUAUGACUUCAGGUGAAGAGUUGCCUUUUCCUGAAGUCUCCCGUUUGUCCGUGAGAAUCCCUGAGAUUAAAGUUUUGCUGAGGGAAAAACGCGAAGCAACCAAGGGCUGUUUUAGCUUCAAAUAUAUAUCCUAACAAAUCCUUAUGUCAUAUGGCAUCAAAGGUUAAAGCCUGAUUACGCAGCAAUAAAUGUUCUAUGUGUGUGCCCUGAGUAAAUGAUGUCAAUGUGAUUUUUAUCUCCUCAGAACACAACAGUAUUCAUUACUGUCUGUUUUUGCAUCUACUACUGAAACAACAACCAAUCAGAUAGCACCUCUGCCCUCUCGAAGACCAAUCAGUAGUGAAAUGGGCUGCAAUUGGACGACAUGAACAAUUGAGGUUAUUGAACUCAGGUCGGGGGGUAAAAACCACUGGUACAUUUUUAAAGAUAGCUGUAAAGGUGUGCUCAGACUGAAAUCGGAGAAAAUGUUCAACUCGCUUUAGUCGCACAAAUUUUACUGCUGGAGUGUUUAACCUCGCCUAACAGCCAAUGCACCCAGAGUCCAGAUGUUAGCUGAAACUACCUAACAGUGUGUGUGAGCAGAGUGUGCCUUUGUACAGUAGGUGUGUGCUACAGCUCUGAAUCGGACAGAUUUGGAAACUUGAUCUCAAGCUGUUUCUGUCAUUUCCUCCGGACUCUCUUUGUCUCUGUAUGUUCAUAAAGUGGAGUACAAUAGCUCGGGUUUAAGCACACACUUUCUGCAGCAUUUUCAACCUGUGUGGACGUGUUUUUGCUUCAGUUCACGCUGCCUUGAGUAAACUACCUUGUCCAUUGAAUUUGUAUGCAAUCACGCCGCCUCUGAAAUUUGCUCCGCCUUCAGUCUGAACACACCUUAAGAGUGUACAAUUCACAUGUGUACAUAUCUUUGUAUUUUGAUCUGCAUGUGUGCAUUGCUGCCAGUGACCCUGAUUAUAUCAUUAGUAUGCAUUUCAUAAAAUUGUACAAAGUUAAA